CCUGUCCGGGAGGGGCGGCCGGGGAGGGUCUCGGGCCCGAGGCUCCCCGUCCCCCCGCGAGGUGCCCGGGCUUGGGGCUCCAGGUUUUAUUCGGGAGCAGCCAUGAUUGAAGUGGUGGCUGAGCUGAGUCGGGGUCCUGUGUUUCUGGCUGGGGAGGCACUGGAGUGUGUGGUGACAGUCACCAAUCCCCUGCCCCCCACUGCCACUUCUGCAUCCAGUGAGGCUCUGGCCUGGGCCAGUGCCCAAAUUCAUUGCCAGUUCCAUGCCAGUGAGAGUCGAGUAGCACUGCCUCCCCCUGACUCCAGUCAGCCUGAUGUCCAGCCUGAGAGCCAGACUGUCUUUCUACCACACCGAGGUGAGAGGGGUCAGUGUAUCCUGUCCACACCGCCAAAGAUCCUAUUCUGUGACCUGAGGCUAGACCCUGGAGAGUCCAAAUCAUACUCCUACAGCGAAGUGCUGCCCAUUGAGGGACCACCCUCUUUUCGGGGUCAGUCAGUCAAGUAUGUCUACAAACUGACCAUCGGCUGCCAGCGUGUCAACUCACCCAUCACUUUACUCAGGGUGCCCCUGAGGGUUCUGGUGCUGACUGGCCUUCAAGACGUCCGGUUUCCCCAGGAUGAGGCUAUAGCCCCAUCCAGUCCUUUCUUGGAGGAGGAUGAAGGUGGGAAGAAGGAUUCAUGGCUAGCCGAGCUGGCUGGGGAGCGCCUCAUGGCUGCCACAUCCUGCCGCAGCCUCCAUCUAUACAACAUCAGUGAUGGCCGAGGAAAAGUUGGGACAUUUGGCAUCUUCAAAUCUGUAUACAGACUCGGCGAGGACGUGGUGGGGACCUUAAACUUAGGGGAAGGAACUGUAGCUUGUUUGCAGUUUUCAGUAAGCCUGCAGACUGAGGAGCGUGUGCAGCCUGAGUACCAGCGACGCCGAGGGGCAGGAGGUGCUCCCUCCGUGUCCCAUGUGACUCACGCCCGGCACCAGGAGUCCUGCCUGCAUACAACCAGAACCAGCUUCUCCCUCCCCAUCCCUCUCAGCUCCACCCCAGGCUUCUGCACUGCUGUUGUUUCACUGAAGUGGCGACUACAUUUUGAAUUUGUCACAUCUCGAGAACCAGGUUUGGUGCUCCUGCCGCCCGUGGAACAGCCUGAGCCAGUCACCUGGACGGGACCUGAACAAGUGCCUGUAGACACCUUCAGUUGGGACCUCCCCAUCAAGGUGCUGCCUACGAGCCCUACCCUGGCCUCGUAUGCAGCUCCAGGCCCUAGCACCAGCACCAUAACCAUCUGAAACUGGCCCACCCUGGCACUACUUUCUUCAGGAUACUAAAAUCUCGGCACCUGGACUCUAGUAGGGCCCACUUUUCCUACCUGGGGUUCAGUGGCAUGGACAAUGAGAAAGAGACAGGCUUUCAGCUGGAGCAUUAAUUUAUUUAUUCUGAAUAAAUUGGCAGCUGCUUAGUGGUUUCCCUGGAAGUGGCAGCAGCAGUGGGCAGUCA